AUGGGCAUGACGGGGCUCUAUCAGCUGUCGGAGGGCGGAGAUUCGGUCGAUGCAUCCACGACCGGUGCGAAACCCAGUCUACUCACGAGCAUACUCCCCACGCGUCUUGUGCAAUCUCCGAAGAAUAACGGACGCUGUUUCACUGAUCCUAAUUCCUCCCCGAUGUCUGCCGAACGUGAUCGGUCGUCUGACAGACAUCUGAGAAAUCCAAAUGCACUUGAUAGUCGGUUGGCCACGGAUUCGACAUAUGUAGAUCAUGCUCCGUUGGUCUCCCAUAUGAAUCACGGGGACCAGGAAGAAACAGUCACAGACAACACGCCUGCGACUGUGGAUCCACUCACUGCCGAGUACGUUGCUGCCAGUUUUGAGCUACACCAGCGUAGAACGGCUCGACGUCUCCGACGCGCACGUGUUCGUGAGCGUAUCGAGGCGAUUCAAAAACAGAUUCAAGCGACCGAUUUGGAACGAACACGCUGGUUUCCGGCCCCCGUUUCUCAUUUCAUGCGUCGUUUUUUCGUCGAGAGUGGGUACUUCCGGAACCCGAUGGAGGCUGCCCUCGGGGCUUCCAUUUUUCUGCUACUCAGUAUCGGAGUCAGUAUGGCGCUCUAUUCCCGCUGGUUUGGGACCUCGCCAGUGCGUGAUUGA